AUGUCUUCAGGCUACGGUCUCGCAGGAGGCCCCUCGCGCUGCUUUCCCUUCUGGCAAGAAGUCCUCGCCUGCUACGUAAUCAACACCAACGCCGAAGACACCUCGGGGAAAAAGAAAUGUCAACCUGUCCUGGAGGAUUAUUAUGAGUGUUUGCAUCAUCGGAAAGAGGCUGUCAAAAUCUCGGCUCUUCAAGCUGCUUAUCGGAAACGUGAGGCUUCUACUCCGAGAGAUGAUGCGCCUACUGCUGGGCAGAUUAGGAGUUUGGGAUUGUUGGAUGCGAAGAAGGAGGAGAGGAAUAUUAAGGCUUCGAGGCUUUUGCCGCAUUUUGAGAGUAAUUUGCCGGAAGGGGGGCAGUGA